AUGUUUAGGAUUUCCAAACACCUGCCCUUCGCUUCUUCCACGACGACCACACAAGCGUGCUCCUACCUAUUCGCAGUAUGCCUUUUCUCGAUAUCCUUCCUCGUGUUCCUGAACAGCAGUGUCUCAUUCGUCAUUACCGAUCUCAUAGGAGUCAAAGAUGGAGUAGGGGACUUGGUUGGAACAUUGGGAUUCGUGGACGAACUGGUAGCGUUGUUCUGGUGCCCAAUUUGGGGGAUCGUGUCUGACAGGUUGGGUGUGCGUCUGGUGUGCGUGGCGGGGUAUACAAUCGUUGGACUGGCUCUCUUCAUAUUCGUUCAAGCCCGGAAUGUUUACCCCCAGCUUCUGCUCGCAAGGGUACUUUUCAGUGUGGGAGGAGCUGCUACUGCUACCAUGGUCACCGCCAUUCUACCUUCUAUGACUGGAAGUAGUCAGGAACCCCACAGUACAGACGGAAACCACGACAUCAAUCCCACACGGAGAUCUGCUAUACGGCGUAGCAUGUCUGCAUCUGUCGAUUCCGAAGCUACUAUAACUCCCGCAACAUACAGCAAUAGGUCAUCGGCCAUAAAUGACCAUACCAUGAGGUCCCCGGAGAAGCCGUCCUCAAGCCCGCCGCGCCUGGCGGGCCUGGUCGGUGUGUUCACAGGAUGUGGAGCUCUUGUGGCAUUGUCCAUAUUUCUGCCACUGCCGGCUCAGUUCUCUCGUACGCGAGGAAUUACACCGGGCCAGGCGGUCGCGGACAGUUUUUACGUCGUGGGAAGCAUAUCGCUUGUUGUAGCAGGAUUUUGUUACUUCGGACUUCGCGGACUGCAGGGAGAGGAGGGGAAGGGUUGGCGUUUGUUGCUGGGGAAGUCGCCCUCCCCAGACUACAGCCCGCUGGGCUCGGAUGAAAACCAGAGGAGUCCAACGACAACUUUCCUGCCUUACUGGAGAUUGCUGUUGGAUUCCACGAUCUUGGGAUACAAAGAUGCCCAGAUUGGCCUCGGUUAUCUCGGAGGAUUUGUUGCAAGGGCAUCCUCAGUGGGCAUUUCCCUCUUCAUCCCGCUCUAUGUGAAUGCAUAUUUCAUUCGAGAAGGGUUCUGCCAAGGAUCUCCCAAUGAUCCAUCUCCAGAGCUUAAGAAGGAAUGCAGAGCAGCGUAUGUAUUGGCGGCGGAACUGACGGGCGUGUCGCAACUUGUUGCACUCCUUUGUGCUCCUUUGUUCGGCUAUCUAUCCGACAAGUAUCGCCGAUUUAAUUUACCACUCUUAGCUGCAAGCGUUUUCGGCAUUGUGGGGUAUACAGCUUUUGCUAAUUUGGAAAGCCCCGAGCCUUCAGAUGUCAAUGGCAGAGGAGGAAGUCCUGUGAUAUUCCUGGUCGUUUCUCUGAUUGGAAUCAGUCAGAUUGGUGCCAUUGUAUGUAGCCUUGGACUACUUGGGCGGGGCGUCCUUGGAGCUGAAGGGGGCUACAAUCUUUCUGGGCAGCUACAUGGCGCUCGUAGCGGUGUCAUACAAGUACCGGCUGAUGCUGUUGAGACAGCUCCCCUUGUUGCAUCUUUACCCUUUCCCAAGCAAUCAAAUGCAAGGAGCCAUCUCAAGGGUUCUAUUGCGGGUAUCUAUUCCCUAUCAGGCGGAGCAGCCAUUCUCUUGCUCACGAAGCUUGGGGGUAUUCUCUUUGAUAGGCUGUCAGUUGGGGCGCCAUUCUACAUGAUGGCUAUUUUCAACGGUGUUUUACUUGCCAUUGGACUUGUUGCAGGCGUUUACAGAGAGAUCAGAACGAUAAAAAGUUAG